AAGAGAGAGAGAGAGAGAGAAAAAUUGAAAAGAAUAUUUGCAAUGCCACAUUGUACAACAAAUUUUGCCUGGUAUCUUGGAAAAUUUAUUAUUGGAUUUACAGGAAUGCUGAUAUUAUAUAUGAGUUUUUUGAAAAACAAAGAAUCCACUUAUCCGUGUAAACCAGAAAUGAGAGAACUUCUGACAGGAAAAAAAAGUGAAAAGCGACCAGGUAGAUGUGAAUGCGAGGAAGCAAUGCAAGCUAAAAAGCAUGGCUGCACAUGUAAGGAACGGAUAGGGAAAUGUAUUUGGAAAGAAAGAUCUUGUCCGAUGAAGAUCGCAUCUAAACGUCUCGUUAAGAACAACAAUGCUGUUAAUACGAGGGCACGUAAAUCUUUCUGUUGUAAAAAACAAGGGAAGUUUCCAGAUUUAAUAAAUGAUAAAAUAUAUUCCUGCAAGUGUCGUUGGUAUAAUUUAAUUAAUGGUACAUGUAUCAAACGUAAAUCGAAUAAAAUCAAGAAACAAACGUGCUUACGCGUUUCUGAGGACGUCGUUACUGAUUUAUGGAAUAUGCAAAAAGUAUGCGACAUUAUAAAGUCGCAAAAUAAUCGAAAGGAAUCGGUUAAUAAUGAAAAAUUGAUACAAGAAGAAACAACAUCGAGUUCUUACAUCGAUGCUAAAAAUUGUUUCGUUCAAGACGCUUACACUCAAUUUGUAUGCGGUAACGAAGAAAAAGAAAGUUGUUUGAAAAGGAAUGAAUGUAGAAAUAAAGAAAUAGAUGAUGACACGGAUAAAGAAACGAAAAAAUAUGAAGAAACUACGUUAAAUUGCAAUUGCGAGCAUACGACUAAUAUUGAUGUCGAAACUUUGACGUGUUUGAAAGAAGAAAAUAAAUCAAAUACUGCAGCAACGUAUAAUGUUACAAAUAAUAAUAAUAAUAACGAUGAUGAUGAUGAUUUACCAUACGUUCCUGAGCUUGAAUUAGGAGAAGAAGAUGAUUGUCAUCCGACAGCGUGUAAUUGCGAGUAUACAUUUUCGGAAGAACAUUUUGGGGGACAUAGUAUUGAAAAGAAUGAAAUUGAAAUUUCUCGAAAUUAUGAUUCAAUUCGAAACAAAUUUAAACAAAAUCCAAUAUUAAAUAUUAGGAAUAAAAAUUAUUUGAAUGUAAGAAUGAAUAAUCCUUCUUAUCGUGAAAGUAAUAAAUACGUUUACAACGAGUUAAGAACCAGUACAAGUACAGAAUCAUUGAUUUAUCCAGAAUCAAAAAUGAAGGUAACACGUAGCAAUGAUCGAGGCUAUUUAAUGCUGAUAAAACAUUCAAAAAGGAUCAAUAGAGAUUCUCGAAGAAGGAACGACUAUUCUGUGCCAUCAUUUUUUCGUAAAAUUAAUAUUAAGGAAGAUUAUAGCGAUCGAUAUUUGUGUCGUUGUCAACAUUUUAAUGAAGGUACGGAAAGAAAAUUAAUAAUUGAAGAUAAAUUUGAGGAUACUGAAACGAAUCGAUCAAGAAGUUCAUUCUCUUCAACGACGAGCCUUUCCUCUUACGAUCAAGAUAAAUCAUCUCGAUCAUAUUUUGACGAUAAUAAUUAUAAAUGUCGAAAUUUAUCAACCUUUCGAUCUAGCACAAGUAGUUGUACUUGUAAUCUAUCAUCAGAAAUGGAAUACCAAAGGUCUGUAAGAUUUAAUCCAUUAUCUUCAACAAUAACUUAUACAAAUAAUUAUAAUAAUAAUAAUAAUAAUAGUUAUAAUAAAUACAUAUUAUCAAAGGAUAUUAUCUAUCAUGCAAAGAAGAUUACUAAAUCUUGAAGAUUUUGAUUAAUGAUUUACACGUAUAAUAAAAUCAAUUAAAUUAUCAAUGUAUAACAAAACAUAAAAUGAAAGAGGAAUUAACGCGAUUAUGUGCUUGCAAUGAUUCUAAUUAAAUAGAAAAAAUGAAUCGUCAAUGUAUUGAUCGCCAAAAGAUGAUGAUGAUGAUGAUGAUAAU